CUCUGAUAUUAUCAUGAAGUAUCCUUAUUGCUGGUUUACACGAUGGGCUUAGCCCAGAUAUUUUUGUACUACAAAAUGAAGGUAGUGUAAGACAACCUCUGUGUUUCUAUGCAACGAUGACUCUCAUUGGAGAUGACAAUUCAUCAAUUUAUUAUUCUUGUGAUGAAGACGAAGAAAAAUGUUUCCAAAGUGCAGAUGAUCGAUGUCCGUUCGAUAUUAUUCUAGUAGAUAUCCAAAAAACGGCGGAAGAAGAGCGUGUUUGCUGUGAAAAAAUAAAACUGUUAGGAGCGCAGGCAGUAAACUUUAUUGCCUUGUCCUAUCGAUGGGGAGAGCUUGACGAGCAGGUUACGCCGGUCACAGAUGAUUAUUGUGCCCGCAUUAUCUCCUUUGAUUUGAACGAUUUUUUUAGAUUAUGCUGGCGUAUACUUAAUGAACCUGAUUUGAAAGACAUCAAGUACGCAUGGGUGGAUGCUAUCUGUGUCGAUCAAGGGAACGAUCGACGUAAAAAGGCUACGAUUUACCGGAUGACGGAUAUUUACAAGAACGCGACGUAUAUUGUUGCCGUACCUGAUCUACACAUGCGGUCAUUGAUCGCGAUCAGGGACUUGAAUGCAAGGAUGCGUAAACAGAUCCAGAAAUAUAGAUGGUAUCUUUACCAUUUUAUCCAUGGAAACACCCAAGAGCUGUGUCGACUUGACAAUGAUUGGAGGAACAAACUGCAUAGUGCAUCGGAUGGCGCACGGCAAGGAUAUAAUGAGAGAAUGCAGCUUGGGUGGGUGAGUGAAACAAUCGGCGAUUGCAUAGGGGUUGUUUAUUUUUAUUUUAUUUUAUUGACAACCAUUCGAUAGAGUCUAUUGGAUUCUGAAGCCAAAAAUAUCAAGCACUUGAACAAUUUAUCCAAAAGAGAUCCUGAAGACAAGGAUGAUUGCAACCGAAAUACACAAAAACGGAUAAUCCAAUAUCAGCAAUUCGCACAAAAGCUACUGGAGGAUAGUAGACAAGGUCAAGUGAUAUAUGCCAUCCAUUACCUGCAAGAUUUAUUUCUGGAUUGGGCAAAUCGAGCGUGGGUGAUCAGUGAAUACAGCAUUGCCAAA